AAUUUGUGACACAUCGCAUUGGGAAUCAGCUGGAAAUGAGGAGAGUUGAGUUGAUAGUUUCAUGUUGUUUUCAUUCAUGUUUUCUUAUUUCUUGUGAAUAGAUUGUGAUUGUUUUCUGGUUCGAUGAUUGAUCUUGUUGGUUUGUUCAGUGUUAUCGGUUCUCUUAUAACACUCGCCUUUGUUGGUUUAAUCAUUUGGAGAGGGCGACGAACCAAUUUAGCGAGUGAGGAAGAUUUAGAUUCUGAUGAUGAUUCUGUGCGACGUCGACCAGUCCGAGGUGUUCCCGUUCCAAGGCCUGGUUCAAGUGGAGAUGCUCCUUUUCGUAAGGUGAGGAAUCGCCGACCCAUUCGAGGUGCUGUUCGAUCCACUGGUGGAGGAAGAGGUCGUGAUGGUGAUGAGGAUGAUGAGUUUUCUCAUCCUCCUGAAUUUGUAAGCAAUGCAAGAGAUGAAGAUGGUCCAAGUGAUGGUGAUAGUGGAGCUGAUUCAGGGGAAGAAGAUGAAGACGAUGGAGAGUCUAAUGUUCCCGAAGGUAAAAUUGGUGCCAAAAAGAGACGAAAAUUGGAGAUGAAAGCGGAGAAACGAAUGGCCAGAGAAAGAGAGCUUCAGGAGAGAGAAGAAAGAAAACAGCGACAGGCCAUGUUGGAUGAAGAGAAAAGGAAAAAGGAUGAAGCCGAGAGAGAAGAGGAGAGAAAACGUGAAGAGGAAGAGAAAAGGAUACGUGAAGAAAAGGAAAGAAAAGAACAUGAAGAAUAUCUCAAAAUGAAAGAAGCCUUUGAGAUCGAAGAGGAAGGAUUCGAUCAGGAUACCGACGAAUCCGAACAAUCAAAUAAAUUAGCUGCUUUUAUUCAGUUCAUCAAGAAUGAGAAGGUCGUUCUGUUGGAAGAUCUGGCCGGUACCUUCCAAAUGAAGACCCAAGAUGCGAUCAAUCGACUUAAUUUACUCUUAGAAGAUCAACAAUUAACUGGUGUUAUCGAUGACAGAGGGAAAUUCAUCUACAUUACUCAGGAAGAAUUGGAAGAAAUCGCCAAGUUUAUCCGUCGACGAGGUCGAGUUGCGAUCAGUGAAUUGGUUGAGAACAGCAAUCAGUUAAUCAACAUGAAAGCAUAAGAACUCAAAUCAAAUCGACAAUCUCAAAAUUGUUACAACUAUUAGAUUGUAAUUACAAUUAAUAUCUCUUUAAAAUGAUUAACUUUUCCUUUCCUUUUCUAAACAAUUAACAAUAUUGUACAAUUUAAAUCCAAAUUAAAUAAAAUAUUUUUGCUCUAUCAUUGGAAAGUGAAGUUAAAUUAUUUACAAAAUUGAAUCAAAUUAAGACAAACAAAUAAUAAUAAUAAUUACAAAAGUCAACUGAUGAAACAAUUAACAAUUAAACCAGUAGACAAGAGGAUUGACAAUCAAUUUGAUUGUUUAAUUUAUCUAUCAUCUUUAACCCAUUUAACAUUGUAACCAAUCAACCAAUUGUCAAAGGUAAAGAGUAAAAAUUAACAAAUGAUUGAUGAUAUUGCAAUUGAGAAACCAAAUUAAAUGAGUAUGACAAUCUAAUUAGUCAAAAUUUAAACAACAAUUUAACCAAUCAAAUGUUACCUUUAAAUGUUUGAAUUUAAACUGAAUCAAUUAAUCAACUCAUAUUUAACUAGAGACUCGCUUAUGAGGUUGCAUUAGUUGAACACUUUUAUUUCAACAAAUUGUUUUAAUUUACUUCUUAAUUUUGUUAAUUUUAUUGUGGAAAUUUAAUUUUCUUCUCUUCUAUUGUGAUUAACUAAUUAAAUUUUCUUCGAGAAUGAUGAUCAACGAGGAACCAGUUCGUGUUGCUAUUCAACAAAGCGCCCAAAUGAUUGAGGAAACUUUGGCCGCUAAUAUGAGGCGAUUCAAGGGUAAACGUCGGGACGUGAGGAGGAAACGAUCAACUCGUGAGGCCGAAAAUCAUAUUAACUUAUACAACCAGGCUAAAUUUUAUUCCGAUGAUAGUUCAUAUUAUCGUCAAUUGAAUGGAUCGGACAAGGUACAACCAGGACAGUUUCAAUAUCAGUUUACUCAUUACAAUCAACAAUCUUAUCAACAACAUCAACACCAAUUGCAACAAUUUAACUUACAACAGCAACAACAACAGGUACCACCGACGUCACCUUUACAUAUUACACCACCGAUAUCAUCAUCAUCUCAUCCAUUAUCUUCAUUCCAGACAUCUAAUCAUCAACAAGUUCCAACCUCGAAUGGCCAUCCAUUAGUUAUGUAUCCGUCUCAGCUUCAAAUGCCACUGCCGAUGCAGUUUCCAAUGCCAAUGCCCGUUUCGAUGCCACCGGUAAAUUAUGAUGGCUCAAUGCCCGUUCAAUUGCCUCUGCAAAUGCCCAUUCACAUGCCUAAUAUGCCUUUACCCAUGUUCAUCCGAUUACCUGGUCCACCCUGUGUAUCACCAGCAGCGUCAUCGUCCAGCAGCAGCAGUACCAGUAGCGACAGUGAAGCUAAUUACAAGUCAAACAUUUCUUCCGGAGGAAUUGGUCUACAACAAUUCCAACCGCCGCCACAAUCAACUACAGUGGUUAAUUUUAUUCCUCUCAUGUUCCCCUCUCAUCUCGGUCCCAUGUUAUUAGGUCCAUCUCAGCCCGUUAUGGUCGCUCGAAUGUCACCCAAUUUCCAUCAAAUGGUCAACGAAACUAAUCAACAUCGAUCAUCAAUCCACCAACAAUCUCAAACUGCAACCAAGUGAAAACAAUCAGUGUCUCUCUCUCUCAUAAAUUGAGCAAUUAAAAGGCUUAAUUAUCUCUGUAAUUAGUUAAAACACUUUAGGUUUAAUCGAUCUCUUUGUGACCAUUUAACAAUUUAUUUUUCGAUAGUUUAAAUUUUCUUGAUUGCAACUUUUAAAGAAAUCUCCUUAAUCUUAUAAAUCAUAAAAAAAGAAACACUUAUAGUUAAGACAACAAAGACUAAAUCAACUGAUUAACUGAUUAAUUAUACUUGAAUCGCAACUUAUUUUGUCUCAAGUUAAUUAUUUUAAAUCAGUUGAUCUUUUUAUCAAUUUACCUUUUUUCUUCCUCUAUUUUUGUAAUCACUUACACCCAAUGAUUUAAUUAUAAUUAAUGUUCAACUGUCACUCCAUGUGAACUGAAUAAUAUGGAAUUGAUCAGUUAAUCACAAUUAACUUGAUUUUACAUUUAUACAGAAUUUAUAACUUAUAUUGAAUUUGUAUUUAAUCAUUUUACUACAUUUUUUUUUACCCCAUUAUAAGACCUUAAUUGUGA